CUUGCAAUUACAAAGUCGGCGUCGCGCACGUUUUUACCACAGCUUCGUGUUGUUUACGCCAACAGCAAUUCAUUAAUACCAUGAGCUGUUUGAACAAACUGCCCCCAUAAGCACUUCUCGAUUCCCUCUUUUCUCAAGAUUGCGUCCUGCCGUUGUAUCAAUUUCUGUGUUUGGAUUUUAUUUUAUAUGUCAGCGAUUGGUAAAAUGCAGACGGAAGCGAGGGUCGGAGUGGUGGUGGAGGGAGGGGGCCUGAGUGCGACGACGUCGUCGGUCGUGGUGGAGCCGCCGCGCCAGAGGCAAAUCGGGACCGCCUCGCAGCUCCUCGCCGGUGGCCUCGCCGGAGCCGUCAGCAAGACUUGUACGGCUCCUCUUGCCCGCCUCACCAUUCUUUUUCAGAUUCAGGGAAUGCAUUCCGAUGCGUCUAGGUUAGAGAAGGCGAGUAUAUGGCGUGAAGCAUCAAGGAUUGCUAGAGAAGAAGGCUUGAGAGCAUUUUGGAAGGGAAAUUUGGUCACGAUCGCCCACCGUCUUCCCUAUUCUUCCAUAAGCUUUUAUGCAUUUGAACGCUACAAGAAUCUGUUACAAGUUACUUUAGGAGUUGAAGGCCAAGGAGAAAAUAUCAGUACUGACCUUUGCAUACGGCUUUUAGGUGGUGGUCUGGCUGGAGUGACUGCCGCUUCAGCUACCUAUCCCUUGGAUCUUGUGCGCACACGUCUUACAGCGCAGACAAAUGUGAUUUAUUACAGAGGGAUAUUCCAUUCCUUGCGUACCAUAUGCAAGGAAGAAGGUUUUCUUGGCCUUUAUAAAGGACUUGGUCCAACUUUAUUGGGUGUUGGCCCGAAUUUGGCUAUUAGCUUUUCAGUCUAUGAUACUGCAAGAUCUUAUUGGCAGCUUCAUAGGCCUCAAGACUCAAUUAUUCUAGCAAGCCUUGCAUGUGGGAGUCUUUCAGGAGUUGCAUCAUCAACAGAGAAUUGAGGAUGCAGGCUUCGCAGUAAGUAUUAACCAGAUUGACCCCUAGAGCUUGAGGUCCAGACAUGAUAAUCUGGCAAUAUGAAAUUUUUGUAAGAAGCUAAUAAAAUAUAUUCUUCUUGAUUGUUCUUCUGGAGCAAGCUUUACCUUCUUUAUAAGGAUAUUUUGGAAAAGGUUGAUUUUGCUAAAUAACUUGGCUCUCCAGAUAUGCAGUUGGCUCCAAUAUUAGGUGACUAAUUUCAGGUGAGCCAAGUUUUGGAGUUUUCAAAUUGUGAGAGGUGUCCUCUUUGAGGUAUGCUUCACAGUUAGGUUUUGCGAAUUGCUCUGUGAUUAUAACUCACCGGUUCAUUACAAAUAAACUUUUGGUCAAUUUCAUAAAGGUAUUGCAAAAUGAGUCCAUCUUGUCCAACUCCGUCAUCCAUCCUCACCCUGAGAAAAUAGUGUUUGCUGAUGGGAAACAUUUACAUCUUAUAAGGGGCAGUGAACCGAAAAAGAAUUGCAACUAUCAUUAACUGAUUCACAUCUGCAUUGUAUGCAUUUUUUAAGUGUUGAGUAAAACUUCUGUUCCUGUAAAUCUGGCUAGCACUGAACAAACUGAACAAGUAAGCAGUAGUUAUCAUCAAAUUUCAGUUGAAUUGAAAGGAAUAGAUUGUUUGAUAUUAAGCUAUGACGAUGCUUGUCUGCUUUAAUUAAGCUAGUGGUUAUUGAGAAUGCACUCCCGAUUUGAUGUAUGACAAUAACACCGUUGUUGAGAUAUUUGUUUUUCCAUUACGAUAUCAUGCGUGUGACUUACUGAAGUUGUUAGUGUGGCAAUCUAGAGUUUGUUUGGAGCUCUAAUAUCUAUGUCUGUGCAGUGGCAUAUCCCCUGGAUCUUGUGAGGCGGAGAAUGCAGCUGGAAGGAGCUGGUGGAAGAGCUCGUGUUUACAGAACGGGUCUGGUUGGGACACUGAGGCAUAUUAUCAGGAAGGAAGGUUGGCUUGGCCUAUAUCGGGGGAUUCUGCCCGAAUACUACAAAGUCGUGCCCAGCGUGGGCAUCGUCUUCAUGACCUAUGAAAAGUUGAAGCAAAUCCUCUCCAGCAUCCCCGAAAGCUAGAUAAGUUCGCCGCUUAUACUUGGAAUGUUUCUUGGCCUCACUCAAGUUUUCUGAUUGUAUAGAUACGAAAGGAAAUGGAUGAAAAAGAAAUCACGUAACUACGAUUCAAGUGUAUAAUACAUUGUUACCAGGUCCUGUAGUUGAGCUCCAUUUUGUGACAUCUUUUUUUUCUUUCCAUUAAAAUGCAGAUGAAUGAAUUGAACUA